AUGAUAGCGCAAGCUGCUACACGGCAUCAGCCGUCUCCAUUCUCUCCCCAUUCGAACCGCGGGCGUAAAUACGCACCAUGUACACCGCAUACACCGGACUCCAUCUAUCCUUCUGACAUGUCUCAACUCGCAUCAAUCAUGCCUUACUUUUCCGAUCCCAGUAUCGAGCAACCAAUGCCACUGACGUGGCAACUGCCGUUGACGCCCCUGGCAUAUGAGACCCAGCCCACAAAUCCAGACAUACUCGAAAUGGUCAACGAACUCGACAAUGAUCAGACAGACAGUCAGCCUCAGGAGCUUAGUAGUCAACCUCAGGAGCUGGAUGUGCUUGGAGGUCCAGUUUGUUUCGAUUCAAUAAUGACACCUCCCACAAUUGAAGACCAACUACAAAGCUCCGUAUCCCGAACAAGCUCGAGGUCUCGACCCUCGACAUUGCCUCCCAGUGCCAAUGAUUCCUGGUCAUGCAUCUUGCCUGAACAUGAGCGUGCUCGAAGUGAACACAGCAGCGGUGAAACCCAGCCAUUUACUGCGCCAGUACGCCCGCCGUCUCCCCCUCUCAAGGAGAUGUAUGCCGACUUCAUCCUAUGGGAUCCAGCGGACCCUGGGAAAUCUGACAACAUCCACGAAAAAAUCCCUCGUAGCGGGACCGAAAUUCAGCAACAAAAAGAAGAUACGGCUGCACUUAAGAAAGCUGGCGGGUCGUGUAUGGCGUGCUAUCGGGCUAAGAAGAAGUGUGGAACAGCUACACCAUGUCCUCCAUGCUCUUCUAAGGGUAAUCGAAUCUGCUUCCGAAGUUGGGGAGAUCUGUGCCUGCUUGGGCCGCCUGCCGGUGGCUCUCCUACGAUCUUUAACUUCCCGUCCCAAGAAGCGAGAGACAAUUUGCAACGCAUGAGUGCCGAGGUUUUCGAACGCAUGAAUGCAUUCAAAGCGGUUGUCAAUAUCCGCGUAACAUAUGGCGGAAACUGCACUGCAUGGCAUUGGACAGCAACGCCGUCCAGUAUCACACUAUCGAGUAAAACAGAGUGCCCCGUCGAUGAUUUUCUUAUUGGAGUUAGCAGUGCCCUCCCCCUCGUGGAUCUGGUCAAAUUUGAAGAUCAAUACAAACACAACCCACUCGUUUGGACUGCACUCAGAAUGGCAAAGCUGUUUAUGGCCAUUCAAGGCUUGGCGCAAGCUCGAAUCCGUACGUCCUGGUUUGAAAUUACCACUGGGCGACUAGUCUCGUUUUAUAUUUUGAUUCUCUCUUUUCGGAAGCUCGCAGAAAUGUCUCAGGACUUUUGCCCUGGUUUGUACGUCGCUCUGUGUGGAAAGGACAAGCAGAACAACAAGAAGAAAAGCCAGUCACGGAAACGAAAUGAGAUCGAUCCCGCUUGGGUCGCCGCAGCAUUAUAUUACCGAGUUGUAUGCGGCUUGCAAGAUCUUCAAAAGAACCAUGUCGUUGCGAGAAUGUUUGGCGCCUCCAGCUGUUAUCUGAGUGGUGUUCGCGAAAAACUCGAAGAUAUCCUGCGCAAUGUGUCCCCCAAACACGGGGCUACGGGCAAAUCCUCCAGUAUGGCGAUUCUUGAGGACGUAGUUCCUAAAAUCCCGUCAUCUCCAGACGUGGAUAUGGCUUUCUGGCUGGGAGACACCGAGGAAAUGUCGUCGUCUGUUUUGAGGCGGCACGACAGUCCCUUUUCGCCGCCAGCCUGCGAAAUGCGAGCAUUCUUGGCUGAUCGUUUCCCUCGGCCUUGGCGUUUGGCGAAUCCUGUUGAGCAGCAUGAUGGGCACUUGCAAUCAUCAGGGACUUCUCAGAAUACGGUGAUUACCCAAGAACAGAAUGCCUUUGAUAACAUGGCCUAUACCGAUCAGAUUGAAUGCUCUGACUCGAAUGGUUUGUUGAUCUUCCUCAACAACGAUUAUAACAAUGCAUUCGAUCCAAUGGCUGCGACCUUUGUUGAUACAAUGCCACUCGAUACAAUGCCACUCCAAGGCAAUUUCCCGCAAUCCCUGUACCAUUGUUGA